CUCACAGACAACAGCAGGUCCAUCAAAGUAAUGGACAUGGAUAUUGUUUCAUUAUAAAAGCUCUUAGGAACGUUCUAAAAUCAGCAUUUUGAGGCUUGGGAGGUGAGGAAUUAUCACUGGCACUGAAAUAAUGGCCCGGUUAUUGUGGGAAACCGUUUUUCUCUUUCUGACUGUAACUAUCAGGGACACAUUCCCACAAAGGAUCAUUGGGGGUCAAGAGGUCGUGCCCUACUCCAUUAAGUACCAGGUAUCUCUUCAGUAUGACAGGAAGCAUUUCUGUGGAGGAACUCUCAUUCAACCACAAUGGGUGGUGUCUGCUGCCCACUGCUGGCGACCGGCCAGUGUGAUUCAGGCAGUGUUGAGUGAGCAUAGCCUUGCUGUAGAAGAGAAAUUCGAGCAAGUAUUAAACGUGUCCAGAAUCUACACGCAUUAUGCAUACAACCCAAGGACUUUUAACAAUGACAUUAUGCUAAUUAAGCUGAAUGUUCCAGUCCAGCUUAACGGAUAUGUUCAGCCGGCACCCCUUCCAAAUGCAGACACUUCUACCCUCGCAGGAGGAACCAGCUGCACCGUGAGCGGAUGGGGAGUGACACGAAUAUACAGCUCCUAUCUGUCACCAGUUUUGCGUGCCGUGGAUGUGGACAUCAUCCCCAACUGCCAGUACUUCUACAACUAUAGAGUCAAUGACAACAUGAUCUGUGCUGGCUCUCGCUUCGGAGGAAAAGACUCCUGCCAGGGAGAUUCAGGUGGGCCUCUUAUUUGUGAUGGUAAUUUAGAAGGCAUUGUGUCGUGGGGGAUCAGCUGUGCCCAGGCGUACUAUCCUGGUGUCUACACAAAAGUGAGGAACUUCAACCGCUGGAUCGACUGGAUCAUUAACAAUGACACUUAAAAUACACAUUCGCCAGAAUGACCAUUAAAUCUGAAUAAAGAAAAGGAUGUAUUUACCAAUGAAUCCCACUUACUAUCCCCAAGAACUGAUUACGUCCAUUCUCAUUAUAUUAACCAGAAUCACAAAAAUCCUAUUUUGGACUCAUCCAAAAAGCAUUAGGUCAACGAUAAAAUUAUAAUUGGCCCUAUUUUGUUUCUUAAUGCACAGUCCUGGUCUUAGUGUGUACGUUUCAUCUGUGCAUGUUAUUUCAAGGAAAACAAAAUUGUUUUCAUAAUCUUGAUUAAUCAUAAAUCAAAUGUAAAAACUUGCUCUGCUUCUGAAAUUAUUUUCCUUUUCGGCUGAUGUCACGGAUCCCUCUUACUUUUCAACCCCUGCUGUCCAACCACCUGGCUUCGUUCUGGUUACGCCCACUUUUCAUGAUCCAAUCAAUUCAUGCUAAAAUCAGGUCCCGCUCAACAAUUUUUCUAGUUUAACAUUCUGUUUCACUCAAAAUAGCUUCCAACAAUCAGUAGAAGACAUAAUAAAAUGCAUGUAUGUUUUAAGCGCAUAUUCAUUUUAUUUGUCAUUACUAAUUCAUAUUGAUGCAUAUACAUCUUUGGAAUGUUUUUUUUAUUUUUAUGGAAAUAAUUUUCUAAAUGCUGGCCAUAUGCUGCAGUAUCCAAAGACCUAAAUUGUAUCACAGCAUUAAAGAAGAUGGACCAUGUCAAUGCGAUUGAUGGAAAUGCAUAAAGUUU